UGAAUGCAUCGUUAAGUUGAUAGUGGCUGAACUGCAAAUUGUCAAAACUACCAAGUCUAACUCCAAUUAAAUCAUUAGUCCAAGUCGUGGACUGCAUGGAGAAAUAUACACCAUGAAAAUCAUUAUUGUCAUGGGGGUCUGCGGUAGCGGAAAGUAAGUAUUUCCUUAUUUAUUGUAUUAAUAUUAAAAGUAAAAGCAUUAGUCAUUAGUGUAAUUCCGAGUUGGCUGCCUUUACCGCGACGGUAAACUUAAUAACCAAAAGUAAAAGGCUUAAAAACAUGGACAUAAAUGUAGCUAAUCCAUGGACGUACGUUUGCCGCUGUAAUAUUUAACCUGGUUUUGAGAUAACAGACGGUCUGAUUCCUUUACAUUUCAUGGAAUCGUGUGGUCUUAGUCUAGUGAUAUUGAAUAUGCUUUCCAUGCUCAUUAAUUUAAGGCUGCUACUAAAGACUAUUCGCAUGCCUGGUAUUGGUAUCAGAAGUGAGAGGUUGUGAUUAAAAAACUAUUUAAAAUUAAAAUAAUUUUUUUGGGUUUGUAAGACACAAUGACAAUGAGGUAUCAAAUGAAAGAUAAUUGAAUGGACUAUAUGUUUGUAAACCUACUUCUUCAGUUUAAUGAAAAUAAACUACCACAAAUGACAUCCGAAUGGGAUUUAGUCUAAAGGGACCCAGGUCCGAACAGCGGCUAUGCGUACCCGGGUCCCUUUAGACUUCCUUAAUUUAAUAGGAUUUAACAGUACUAAGUACCGGUAUAUAGCAUAUAGGAUUUCAUUUCUAAGACGUCAAAUAUAAUUAACUUCAACAUUUUCCAUUUUUUGUUUUGUUUUUCAUCUUAUAAAAGAUAUUUUAAAAUUAGAUUAAUACAUAAACAUUAAAUUGUUACACAUGUAAUUUAAGUGGUCAAAACAGAUAAAUAUACUAAUUUAUUAUUGUGAAGUAGUAGUACCAUAUUAAAAAAACAUUACUCAUUGUAAGGGUAAGAGACCGACUGAAAGGGAUUUUCUGGUUUCUGCUGAAACCAAACCGAAAGUUAAAAAUGAUACUUGGUCAAAAUUGAAACCAAAAUCUUAACGAUACUUUUGGCCGCAAUUGAAAGAUAUAUAUAUACCAGCACAACAUUUAAAAACUUUGUCGUGAGACAAUAAUGCAAUGUAAUUUAAACUUACCAACAAUACUUUAAUAAUUAGUAAGUAAUCCAUAAUCCAAAAAUGAUAAUUACGAACCUACACUUACAGUAAGAGUCAUAAAUGGCAGUUAGUUUAGCUUUAAUUGGUUAGUUAUUGAAGUCAAUAAAACAAAUGUUGUAGUUCUGAAACAAUAUUGUCUCCAUAUUAUUUAACUUUACCUAUGACAACAUUUAUCUUUGAGCAUAAUAACAGAAAUUAAUAUGAAUUUCAUGAAUGAAUGAAUUGAAUAAACCUAGGGUUCCCAAUGUAUUUUUUUAAAAAUAAAUAAAAAUAAUAAUAGAAAUAUUACUAUUCCCUUAGUUUUUUUUCCAACAAAACUAUUUAGCUUUGCCCAAGCAUAAUUGUAAUUUUAUUUUUGGAAAUAUUGGAAAAAUAGGUCAUCAUACAGCCGAGAGCAGUGUAGAUAGAGGAUCAUUCAUACAUCAUACUACGACAGCAAACAGUGAGCAAUAAUGUGUUCACACAUCACAUAUACAUUUAAUUUUUUUUCCAAAUAAACUUUAUAUUAUUAUAAUAAUAUACACUUCACAUGUUUAUUAUUAUAUCUCUAUCUGUGACUAAAGUUUUUUUUUUAUUUCAUCCUUUAUAAAAUUCCAAAAUGUGAUAUGGUUACUAACUUCUUGAGAAAUUUUAUUUGCCCACUUAAUUUCAGCAUUACUAUUGUCAAUAAACUUUAUGUCAUCAACUGACACAAAAAAAUAAUCCCCCCCCCCCACACACACUCAUUAUAGUUAACUUUAAAUUCCACUGGAGACUUAAGUUCCUCCUCAAACUCAUAAAUAGCCUAUGCUCCCUUAAUUCAUUUUCACAGGCCAGCAGAAGAAGCGCCUAACUGCCUAACACAUCAAAAUCAUUAAUUGGUAUUCGGGUGAAAAACACUAUAAUUAAUCCACGUAUUAUCCCCAAACGAAAUGUCACAAUUGAUACUGAUUAUCUCAUCUAUUCUACAAGUUGCUCUCUUGCCCCCAUGUCCAUGUAUUUCAUCUUUUGAGUCUCACUAUCACUAACACCACUGUCUUAUUAUCAAAGUACUAUGGGCAAGGCUGCGUUUAGGUUGAAGCAAUAUGAAAUUUAAUAUAGCAUACUUAUCAUAAGCCUACAGUGUGAUUCAGGGUAGGUGUAAGUGUAACUCAGAAGAAAAACGGAACCAAACCGGGAACCAAACCGCGGAAGUUAAGCCUGGAAGCCUUCGAUCGACAAGAAAAGAAACAGAGAAUAAAAAUAACAGCAUUAUUAAUAAUGGCUCAGAAUAAAAUAAGUAUCAGAGACCACCUGCAGGAGAUACAACGCAGCCGUUCGUGUGUCAGCUUUACCGACGCGGUAAACGUAGUUCGGCCAGAUAAAAAUCAUAUCAAUCUACGUUGACUGCCGCGGUACAUGGAGAACAUUAACACAAAAGCUCCAUCUUUCCCUGAGUUUUCUAUAGGGUCGCCGGCAGUGGGGUAGAAAGGUGGUGUGGAGGGGGGCGGCACUUUGUUAUCUAUAUUUUAGAGAGGUCAUUUUCGGCCUGAUGCAGAGUUUUUUUUUUUCAUGGAUGGGACAGAAAAAGCUUGGUCAACUCCAUGAGACUCCAACCCUGAAUACCUCACUGGUCGCUGGCUGAAACAUAAAAUAAAAUAAAAAUUAUGAUUUAAAAUCAAUGUCAUUCUUAAUCGGAUUCUCCGUAAAGUUGAAAAAUUUCAUUACAAAGCAUCUAUUUCCGAUGUAUAUUCUGUUAUCCCAGAAGUAUUCCUUAAAAAAUAAAAAUGGCUCAUGGAUCAAAUAAAACAAGAUAAAAAGAAUACUUUAAAAAAACAGAAAAAAAAAAAAAAAAAAAAAAAAAAAAACCAAAGAAUUACCAAAAAAGAAAAAAAAGAAAAAAAAAAAACAACCCACAAAACAAAAAAGAGAAAAAAAAAAAAAAAAAAAAAGAAAACAAAAAAAAAAAAAAACAAAAAAAAAAAAAAAAAAAAAAAAAAAAAAAAAAAAAAAAAAAAAAAAAAAAAAAAAAACCCAGUCAUUUCCAAAAAUGUAAUAAAAAGCAUAACAUAAACGUCCCCCAAAACUUCAGAGGUGUUACAGUCUUGUGACUUAGAAAAACAAAGCGUGGGCGCCCAUGGAACAGAAUGAUGUAAUAUGACUUGACUUAAACAAUGUUUGACACGUUUAUAGGUUUGCAUUGCUGCAAGUAAGUGGAAUGAAAUUAGCGAUACAGCUGCUCGAAUGUCUUUCAUCAUCAUCAAUGGCGUUACAGCCCAUGUCGGGCCCUGGCCUGCUUCACCAUAUCUUUCCAUUCGGAUCCAUCCACAAACCCCCAACUGGUUUAAAACCCGUCUCUACAUCGUCAUCAGCUUGGGUGUUUCGUUACAUUAUCAUAUGCUUUGUCUUCGCUUCAUUUAUAUCAAGACCAGCUUUGACUGGGGCAUUUUAUUUAAUGUUUUAAUUAUAUCAUUUCCGUUUCUGCCCAGUAGCGUUAUAUCGUCUGCGUAUGCCAGGUACUGCAAUGGCUGGCUAUAUAAAGUUCCUGAUGGUUGUUGUUCUGUAAUACGUCUCUGUACCGUCCACCACUACUGCAUGGCAUCUGUUGCUGAGGAAGCUAGAGAUCCAUGUUUUAGACGUGCCUUGGAUGGCAUAUCUCUGAAGUUUGUUUAAAAGUAAACUAUAAUUGGCUGUAUAAAAUGCCUGAUGGUUGUUAAUCUGUAAUACCUCUCUAGAAGUAGCUUGUUAUGGUUCCACUCCUGCUCACGUGUAUGCUUCUAAUAUCUUUUUCUAGCGUGAGGUUAAACAGGAUUCAUGUCUGAGGCCCCGAUUAACUGGGAACUCCAUCGAGCAUUCUCCUCGUACCUUGAUUCUACUUUUGGAGUUAGCCAUUGUUAUAUGUAUGAGCCGAGUAAAUUUGUUAGGGACUCCAAGUUCCUGUAGAGCAGGGGUCUCCAAACUUUUCAGCCCGAGGGCCGCAUUAACUAUCACACAGCAGUUCGGGGGCCGCAUACACACUCGAGAUCCAAAUAAAGAAGAAUCAAAACACGGAUGUUGUUUCUAAUUAUGUACGUAUUAUUAUUUCAUUCAGUUAUUGUUUAAUAACACAUUGAUACACGACACAUGAACACCGUAUUUGUAUUAGUAUGAAUGGUGAAAUUGUUUCCUGGAUGCCAAAAUAGCAGUGAUCAGCAGACAUUUCUGGAUUUUGAUUUGAUGUCCCUAACAUCAACAGUUACCUGAGAUGAUUAUCGGACAAAUUUGCUCUCAAAUUGUUCUUCACUUAUUUCUUUCUUGAAAAUGUUUGUUCACACAGGUAUGUUGUUCCAAAGAUUAAAUGGUACAUUGAUGCAAAUGUUUUGAAAUUAGGAAAGUCUUCCUUGGGCGAACUAGUUAAAAAACCCAAUGAUCCUUCUUUUAACUUGUCCCUAAUGAGGUCAUUUGCUUGGUACUCAAUGACCUCCGGGUGCAGUUCAUCUGGGCGACUGGCCACAUCUGCUUCAAAUAGGUUUUGAAAAAGUCUCACUUCUUCUGCCUUUGAAUCCAAGUCAGAAAACCGCUGCUGACACUGCAGCUGGAGGUCUUUGAUGAUCUCGCAUAUAAAUGACGUGGGGAACUCCGCUAUUGCUUCAGCCAUGAAAACCUUGCACCGCUGAAAGUGUUUCAAGUUGUUAGCCUAUAUAUUUGUUCCAAAAAACCAAGACGAAUUUGGAUCUGAAGGCCUUUAGAAAGGUGUAUAGAUCAGAAACUUGAUUUUCCUCUCCUUGUAGUUUAAGGUUCAGAAAAUUAAAUGACUAGUUAUGUCUGCAGCAAAGACCAAUUUCCAUACCCACUCUUCAUCAGACACUAAUGGCUGGGGCUUGCCUUAACUUUCCAGGUAGUCACAUAUUUCCUGUCGUAACUUAAAUACUCUGCUCAGACCUUUCUCACAACUUAGCUAUCUUAUUGAUGUGUUAUAUGGUAAACCUUGCGAUUCUGUGUCGGUAUCUUUCAACAGGUCUCUGAACUGUCUAUGGUUGAGCCCAUGUGACUUUAUUAAAUUCACCAUCUUCAACACAGGAUUCAGUACACUGCUAAUGUCCACAUAUUUAGCACACAAAGCUUGCUGGUGAAUAAUACAAUGCAGGAACAUUGGUUAUAUAAUUUUUUUCUCAUUACACAUCUGCUUCACUUGUCCAAACAAGCCUCUCUUUAUGCCACUCAUGUUCUUUCCUCCAUCAACAGUCAGGCAACUGAGGUUAGUCCAGUCCAAGUUAUAAUCAGCAAAUGUUUUUUUCAACUCAUUGAAUGUAUCCUCUCCUGUAACAAUGUCAUACAUGCUAUGUAGGGAAGCCAGCUCUUGUGUUAUUUUCAUGUCUUCAUCCACACCUCAAGCAGUUGAGAGGUGGAACAGCUGUCAAGCGAUUCAUCCAUUUCAAUUAAAAAUUGGCGAAACUUGCUUGCAUUUUUCGCUAUUUGAGUCACAAUGUUUUCACCCAUGUCUGCAAAGCUCCGCAAAUAUAUAUGGCGUUAUAUUAUCUCAUUGACUGGGAACGGAAGUAGAAAAACUAAGCAGCGUCCUAAGUUUUGCCAAGUCAUGAUCGGUUAGAAAACAUAACGCACUACUGCGCGCCUCUAUUUUAAUUCGGUAAAGACAUAACGUCCACGUAAGCGGCCUCUGAUCUUGGCAGAAUACACGUAAAUUUCCGUAUUUUUUUUCGUAGACAAAAAGGUCUCCGCGGGCCGCAUGAGAUGGCCUCAUGCGGCCCGCGGGCCGUAGUUUGGAGACCCCUGCUGUAGAGCAUUGUAUAGGAAAUUCCUGUCUACGCCAUCGUAUGCUGUUUUGUAAUCCACAUAUAGUUGGUGUAUGUCGAUGUUAUAUUCAUAGCAUUUCUCCAGGAGACAUCUAAUAGUAAAAAUAUGAUCCGUGGUUGACCUAUUUUGCCGGAAUCCACAUUGGUAAUCUCUUAGGAUCUGUUCACUAUACCUUUCCACUUUUCUUACUAUAAUUUUUGUGAGGAUUUUAUAUAUUACAUUAAGGAGGGAGAUUCCUCUAUAGUUUGAGCAGACCCAUUUAGAUCCUUUUUUGGGGAAUUGGGGUGAGUGCAGUUUCUUCCUCCUGCCAGAUUCUGGUUAUGAGGUCGUGUAUUUGCCUAUAUAGUUCGUUUCCACCUAGUUUAUCAGUUCUGUAGAGAUAAGAUCUAUUCCUGUGGCUUUGUUAUCUUUCAUGGUAAAGAUCACAUCUUUUAUUUCAUUCAGUGUUGGUUGGUUUACCAAUGGGUCCGGUCCUUCUUGUGGUAGAGCGUAAUCCAAAUUAGUUUCCCCACCUGAGCCAUUCAUUAAGCCUUCAAAGUCUUGUGCCCAUUUCUCUAAAACUACACUGUUUUCUGUGUUCAGUUCUCCACCUAUACUUUCACACUUGUGGAAUCUUGCUUGAAACUCGUUCUUUUCCUGUGUUCUCUUCAGGUACAUUUCCCUCGCAUCUCUUUAUUUUGCCAACUCUUCUAUCUCUACUAUUUUUUAUUUCUCCCAAACACGCUUUUUCUUUCUGCAAAUUUUGGUAGCCAAACGUCUUGUUUCAUUAAAUAAUUGUCGUGUUCUUCUCGUCUCUCUUUGCAGUAUCAUGAGCCGGGCCUUGUUUCAUUCUUCUAUAAGUUCUCUGCAUUCUGCGUCACAUCAUCCUGUUCAUUACACUACCAGUUUAAAUCCUAUUGUUUUCUCUGUUACACUUUUAACUUUUUGCUUCAUCUUUUCCCAUUGCUGUUGAUAUCAAUGUUGCUGGCUGAUUCCCUUUUGGAUAAUUCUAGUUGACCGAGUGGUGGCCGAGUUGUCUAAACUGAGCAAAUCUCAAGUUGGUGGUCUGGAGUUCAAUUCCAGCUAGAGCAUAAACACCACCAGCACCCCGGGUAGAUGGGACUCGUUAACCUUGGACGGCAACUCAUCUAAGAGAAGGAAACUCUGAAAUCAAACCCGGAGAUGGAGUCCCGAAAGGCGGAUAACAUUGAUACAAUGAAACAUUCCGACAACUCCUGCGACGUCACUGGUGCCAAGCUGUAUCAUCCAAUGAUGUUCCCUUGGGUUUCCCAGCGGCGUGGAGAGAGGCGAUUUGCUGUUGGGAACCAGCUUAUAAUCCUUAAAGUAUAAUAAUCCCAGGCUAUGUGGAUUUCGUCCUACGAGGCCCACUCCAUCGUCACAUUGUGACGUACGGAUGCCAGCAGUUGACUUUCAAUCUUCUUUUGAUAUUCCUCUGUAAUUUUUGGGUCUCUGCUUAAUUUCUGACUAUUGCAAUGUUUUUCUCUUUUAUUUUGUUUAUUUUGGAUGUUACAAAGUCUUUGCUUGUAUUUAGUGGGCAAGAGUAAAAAGUAGUAGAUCAUUUGGAGAUCAGGGAGUGUGUCAAAACUGAAAUUCAAUUUUUGACCCGAAGAGGUCGCGCAAGGUUCAGUGCAGGUCAUCUUUUUCCUACUGAUCAUGAUGGGUUGUAUUGUCUUGGGGGGGGGGGUGUAAGCUUCAGAUCAAUUGGACAAAUGUAACUGGGUCAGCCAAAAACCCACUUGUCUCCCCCGACCCUUGUACCAGAAUAUUCGUAGGGCCCUAUCGCAUUCCCGAUCUGCCCGCCGAUGUCAAGACCUGGCCGUAGGCUUUUGAACUAUGUCAGUUUUAUAGACUAAGAUAAAACUGGUUUCCAUAGCCGAGGCAGCUCGAACUUUUACGCAAGUUUCCAUUUGGGCUGGACCUAACCCUAAUGGAACCGUGUGGACCAAUAAUAGAGAUAUAACCCGCAGAGGCCACUAAGUUGGAGCGAUAUCUUGCACAGGAUUUUUAAAUGAAAUAACUGGAGCGAUAUCUUGCACAGGUUGCUUAAUGAAACAAUUAGAGCGACAUCUUGCACAAGUUGCUUGAUGAAACAAUUGGAGCGAUAUCUUGCAUAGUUUGCUUGAUGUAACAUUGUCUCUUGCCAAGCAUAAUGUGUGUGUGUGGGCCGUUUGCUUAACUUGUGGUCAAUGUUCUUUUUCUGAAAAUGCCCCUUGUGUAACACAGAAUAUGCUGCUUUCACUUAUUUAUGGAAUGUUUUAAAUAACAAAUGUAGUGACAGUGAAGUAGGAAAGGGUUGCGUGGAAUUUUUUUUAUUUUUUUUUUGGGGGGGUGGGGGUCCGUCCCAGACGGCACAUUUUUCUUUAUAUGCAGGUUCGACAUUUUCGGCCAACUGCAGAAUUUUAUUCUUGAAAGGGUUUAUUCUUGCACGGCAAAACUCUCGUCUCGCCCCGGGCCACACUAACUCUAUCUACGCGACUGGUAAGGGAAACGUCUAUAAUAAAACAAAGCGCUGAUGUAAUCAUCAUGCUGCAGUUGCAUGAGUUUGAUCAUUUUGUGGUGGCGAUGGAGGCAAUUUGUCUCGCUUGUGAAAACGUCAACACAAGAGAUACACCCAGGGACGUGAGAUUUGUUUUACUUAUUUAUUUUUUAAUUUUAUUUUUGAAGAGGGGCGUGGGGAGGCUAACGGAAAUUAAAUACCGUACUGGAAAAACCUUAAAAAUAUUAUUUUUACCGUAGAAACCAUUCAUCUCUUUUACAUAUUCUACGUUUCGAAGAUACUGUUCAAUACGGCUAAUCUCCAGAGAAAUUUAGUUGUGUGUAAGUUCCAGUGCAGAGCAGGGUGCGUAGAAACAUGGAUAUUGUGACCAGAACUAUUGAUUUUGAGAUAACUUGGCAUCUCAUCAAGUGGAAUGCUUUUGUUUGCUUUCUAAGAUUUUAAUACGUUUGUUCACAGUUUUUAAAACUAUACAUUUAAAGUUCAUCGGAAUUACAACUUUGUCGUCAUAUUAGGACUGCCGCCUCAUUUGUAUUGCCACGUUAUUUGCAUUGUCCCAUCAUUUUUUAUUGCUCUCUAAUUUGCACAACGCUCUAAUUUUUACUGCUCUUUCAUUUGUAUUGUCCCCUUAUUUGUAUUGUCCCCUCAUUUGUAUUGUCCUAAAUGCCUGCUCACUUCUCUUUUUAUGUCCUUGACAUGAUAUAUCUUAAUGUUUUGGGAUCACGAUCAAUAUUAAAAUCAUAAACGUAGCUUGUUUUUACUUUCCAGAACAAGUGUCGCCCAAGAGCUGUCCCGAAAGGUAAGCGCUAUCCGACGCAUUACAGUAACAUCUGUCACAAGAUCUCUGUGCCCUCUGAUGUCACCCUUUACAGUCACUAGAAUAGUUCGAACAUCACACAGGGCCACGAACCCAAAUAAAACGAGGUGCCCAGAUCUAAAGGAACAAUUCUUCGGUUACAUGUCUUUAAAACUCAAGUAGAAUUGAUUCAUAUUAUGAUCUAUACUAUAUAAAAUCGACAGUGUGAUUAAAGUGAUGUUUUAACUAAACUUUAGACAAUAGUUCUCUGCAAUAAUUUAAUCAUAUUAUGGGACAAUACAUGCCUAGAAAUGGAAACGACUCAUAGUUAUUCUUCUUCUCCUUCUUCUAUAUGUUAAGGGCCCACGAUCAAUGUAUUGAUCAUUUUGGCUCCUAUGCAUGUAGAUGGAAUUUGCAAUGUUUCUGUCCCUGGUGUUGAUGAAGAAAUCUCACAGACUUCCAGUGCCACUUUGUGAGGGAAUCAUGCACUAGGGGUUUGAAGGCUUGAGGCAAUAGACACAAAUGUGUCUAGUGUUGUCGCCUCAAGCGUUCCUUUUGAAAUAUUGUUCCAGUCCCUGAUUGUCUUGGACAGGAAUGAGCAGCUCCUAUACUGGCUUCUUGCUGGUAUGAGCCUGAAUUGCCUGUCAUGGCCUCGUGGCUGUCUAUGGGGGAGAGGGACGAGUUUCUGUUUAAUACUGGAACAGUGGACCAGCCCAUUAUUUAUCUUGUACAUCAUGGAGAGCCUGGAUUGUCGUCGUCGUUUCUCCAAUGGUGACCAGCCUAGUGUUUCCAGCAUGCUGCCAACACUAGAGGUAUUCCUGUAGCGGUUUAGGACAAAGCGUGCUGCUCGUCGCUGGACCGCCUCCAACAUGUCAAUGCUCUUCUGGGUAAAUGGGUCCCAGACUGAAGAUGCAUAAUCUAAAAUCGGGCGGACAAAGGCUUUAUAUGCUCUUUCUUUCACACAGGAGUUGCCAAUCUUUAGAUUUCGCCUUAAAAACCCUAGGGUCUUGUUUGUUUGGUUACAUACACUGUUAAUAUGCUCGUCCCAGCGGACCUCUCUUUGAAUGGUAACACCCAGGUACUUUACGGACGAAACUUGUUCAAGUAUAUGGCCGUGCAGUUCGUAUUGGUAGUGUAGAGGAGUACAACUUCUAGAGACUGAUAGUGUCUGGCACUUGGGAGGGUGAAAUUCCAUGUCCCAGCUCAUCUCUCACUCAGCUAACCUAGUUUCCCCCUGGAGUACUGGAUGCAACAUAUUCUUAUAUCCGCCUGUACGUCUGACACUCUUUAUGGUUACACUCUUGUCACGUCUGUGGUCAAAUGGUAAGACACUCUCCCUGGUCACACCCUUGUCACGCCUGUGGUCAAAUGGUCUGACACUCUCUCUGGUCACACAGUUGUCACGUCUGUGGUCAAAUGGUCUGACACACUCUCUGGUCACACCCUUGUCACGCCUGUGGUCAAAUGGUCUAACACUCUCUCUGGUCACACCCUAGUCACGCCUGUGGUCAAAUGAUCUGAUACACUCUCUGGUCACACCCUUGUCACGCCUGUGGUCAAAUGGUCUGAUACUCUCUUGUCACACACUAGUCACGCCUGUGGUCAAAUGGUCUGAUACUCUCUUGUCACACCCUUGUCACGACUGUGGUCAAAUGGUCUGACACUCUCUGGUCACACCCUAGUCACGCCUGUGGUCAAAUGGUCUGACACUCUUCCUGGUCACACCCUUGUCACGACUGUGGUCAAAUGUUCUGACACUCUUCCUGGUCACACCCUUGUCACGACUGUGGUAAAAUGGUCUGACACUCUUCCUGGUCACACCCUUGUCACGACUGUGGUCAAAUGGUCUGACACUCUCUGGUCACACCCUAGUCACGCCUGUGGUCAAAUGGUCUGACACUCUUCCUGGUCACACCCUUGUCACGCCUGUGCUCAAAUGGUCUGACACUCUCUGGUCACACCCUCGUCACGCCUGGGGUCACAUGGUCUGACACUCUUCCUGGUCUUACCCUUGUCACGCCAAUGGUCUGACACUCUCUGGUCACACCCUAGUCACGCCUGUGGUCAAAUGGUCUGACACUCUUCCUGGUCACACCCUUGUCACGCCUGUGCUCAAAUGGUCUGACACUCUCUGGUCACACCCUUGUCACGCCUGGGGUCAAAUGGUCUGACACUCUUCCUGGUCGUACCCUUGUCACGCCGGGGGUCAAAUGGUCUGAAGCUCUCUCUGGUCACACCCUUGUCACGCCUGGGGUCAAAUGGUCUGACACUCUUCCUGGUCGUACCCUUGUCACGCCGGGGGUCAAAUGGUCUGAAGCUCUCUCUGGUCACACCCUUGUCACUCCUGGGGUCAAAUGAUCUGACACUCUCUGGUCACACCCUUGUCACGCCUGUGGCCAAAUGGUCUGAUAAUCUAUGGUCACACUCUUGUCAGUCUGUGGUCAAAUUUUCUGAUACUCUCUGGUCACACCCUUGUCACGCCUGUGGUCAAAUGGUCUGAAAAUCUCUCUGGUCUCACCCUUGUCUCGCCUGUAGUCAAAUGGUCUGACUCUCUCUCUCUCUCUCUCUGGUCUCACCCUUGUCUCGCCUGUAGUCAAAUGGUGUCACACUCUCUUGUCACACCCUAGUCACACCUGUGGUAAAAUGGUCUGGGACUCUCUGGUCACACUCUUGUCACGUCUGUGGUCAAAUGGUCUAACACUCUCUCUGGUCACACCCUUGUCACUCCUGUGGUCAAAUGGUCUGACACUCUCUGGUCUCACCCUUGUCACGCAUGUGGUCAAAUGGUCUAACACUCUCUCUGGUCACACCCUUGUCACUCCUGUGGUCAAAUGGUCUCACACUCUCUUGUCACACCCUAGUCACACCUGUGGUAAAAUGGUCUGGGACUCUCUGGUCACACCCUUGUCACGCCUGUGGUCAAAUGGUAUGACACUCUCUCUGGUCACACCCUUGUCACGCCUGUGGUCAAACGGUCUGACACUCUCUGGACACACUCUUGUCACGUCUGUGGUGAAAUGGUAUGACACUCUCUCUGGUCUCACCCUUGUCACGCCUGUGGUCAAAGGGUCUGACACUCUUCCUGGUCGUACCCUUGUCACGCCUGGGGUCAAAUGGUCUGACACUCUUCCUGGUCACACCCUUGUCACGCCUGGGAUCAAAUGGUCUGACACUCUUCCUGGUCACACCCUUGUCACGCCUGGGGUCAAAUGGUCUGACACUCUUCCUGGUCACACCCUUGUCACGCCUGUGGUCAAAUGGUCUGACACUCUUCCUGGUCGUACCCUUGUCACGCCUGGGGUCAAAUGGUCUGACACUCUCUGGUCGCAUCCUUGUCACGCCCGUGUGCUAAUGGUCUAAGACUCUCUCUACUCACACGCUUGUCACGCCUGUGGUCAAAUGGUCUGACACUCUCCCUAGUCACACCCUUGUCACGCCUGUGGUCAAAUGGUCUGACACUCUCCCUGGUCACACCCUUGUCACGCCUGUGGUCAAAUGGUCUGACACUCUCCCUGGUCACACCCUUGUUACGCCUGUGGUCAAAUGGUCUGACACUCUUCCUGGUCACACCCUUGUCACGCCUGUGGUAGUCACGCCUGUGGUCAAAUGGUCUGACACUCUUCCUGGUCGUACCCUUGUCACGCCUGGGGUCAAAUGGUCUGACACUCUCUGGUCGUAUCCUUGUCACGCCUGGGGUCAAAUGGUCUAACACUCUCUCUAAUCACACGCUUGUCACGCCUGUGGUCAAAUGGUCUGACACUCUCCCUAGUCACACCCUUGACACGCCUGUGGUCAAAUGGUCUGACACUCUCCCUAGUCACACCCUUGACACGCCUGUGGUCAAAUGGUCUGACACUCUCCCUGGUCACACCCUUGACACGCCUGUGGUCAAAUGGUCUGACACUCUCCCUAGUCACACCCUUGUUACGCCUGUGGUCAAAUGGUCUGACACUCUCCCUAGUCACACCCUUGUUACGCCUGUGGUCAAAUGGUCUGACACUCUCCCUGGUCACACCCUUGUUACGCCUGUGGUCAAAUGGUCUGACACUCUCCCUGGUCACACCCUUGUUACGCCUGUGGUCAAAUGGUCUGACACUCUUCCUGGUCACACCCUUGUCACGCCUGUGGUCAAAUAGUGCUAAAUCUUCGAUCGGAAGCGACAUGCCGCCGUGAUGGUUUAUGGUUUUUCCUGACGCCCGGUGUCGCAUGACUUUGUAUUCCGAUUAUAAGGGGCCCUACACCAGACAGUAGUGUUUAUGGUUUGGUCACAAAGAAGAGUUCGGAUGAGGAUUGCUUUACAUUUGAUCUUAAUUUGUUCAAAAAAUUUCAGUCUUAUAAAUUAAGUCUGAUUUUUACUAAGAUGAAUCUAUAUUCCCCCUCAACAGCUUCACUAUAGCUUUAGAGACGCGGACGAGUUUCACAGCGAAUACAACAAGCAGAAGAUGUCUAAGGGUAUCCCACUGACAGAUGAGGUACUGUAGAGUUUUGAUGUCUUGCGAUUAGAGAACAAAUGUACUUGAAUGUAUGAAUUUAUUAGUCUUAACAUCAAUCAGUAACCAAACCUAUACCUACGAUGAUGUGGCUGCAGGCUCAGCAAACUUCUGUUGGUUGAGAGCAAAAACAGCCAAUAUAGUCUGCUUCCAUGCAGGGCAAAAUGUUCCAAAACUUUACUUUAGCGCGACGCGCUACAAACGCUAUCCGAUUGAAUCGUGUUUUUUGCGAGGUUUGAAGGUGUUUCCUUUACUAUAAUGUAGUGAUGUUAUUAUUUUUUCUGAUUUCAGGACAGACUUCCUUGGUUAUUAGCGAUGCAUUCGUACCUUACAAGGUAAAGUUACAAGAUACACUAGUCUGAGAUAGGGCGGAAAGAGGAGGUUGAUUGAGUUAUAUACAGAUGUUGGAUCAAGAUAAGAGGACACGAUGAAAUUAUACCUACACACGCUGGCGGGACACUGAAGUUGUCAUGGUAGAAUUAUACAUACACACGCUGCUGGCGGGACACUGAAUUUGUCAUGGUACAUUUAUAUCUACACAAUACACAGUGGUCGAAACAUAGAAAACGUCAUGGUAGAAUUAUACCUACACACAUUGGUGGAAACAAAGAAGAUGUCAUGAUCGAAUCAUACCUAAACACAGUGAUGGAAACACAGAAGAUGUCAUGGUAGAAUCAUACCUACACACAAUGAUUGAAACAUAUUAGAUGUCAUGGUAGAAUCAUACCUACACACAAUGAUUGAAACAUAUUAGAUGUCAUGGUAGAAUCAUACCUACGCACAAUGACUGAAACACAUAAGAUGUCAUGGUAGAAUCAUACCUACACACAGUGUUGGAAACACAGAAGAUGUCAUGGUAGAAUCAUACCUACACACUGUGUUGGAAACACAGACCAUGUCAUGGUAGAAUCAUACCUACACACAAUGAUUGAAAGACAUAAGAUUUCAUGGUAGAAUCAUACCUACACACAGUGAUGGAAACACAGAAGAUGUCAUGGUAGAAUCAUACCUACACACAGUGAUUGAAACACAUAAGAUGUCAUGGUAGAAUCAUACUACCACACAGUGUUGGAAACACAGACGAUGUCAUGAUGGAAUCAUACCUACACACAAUCAUUGAAACACAUAAGAUGUCAUUAGUCCUGAUAAUCCCAUGAUCGGCCAUAAUAUCAGGCUCCAGUCACCCCAAAAAACCGUGUGUCAAAACUUCAAUGUUUGCCUACACCUGUGUCAUUAACUAGACUUCCUUAUUCAAUUUAUACACUAAAUUUAGUACUGAAAGAUAUAAAAAAUUAUUUUGUUCCCCAGUCUGUACGAAUUUACCAGCAUUCUCCACCAGCAAUUGCCAAAUCUAAAUGAUCACUAACUAAGUCAUUAUUGUCACUAAAGGAGUUCAUUUAUGGCUGAUUGCUACGCUAGAGACAUAUUUUAGGUGUCUUGUGUUUGAGUUGUUAUAAUUGUAAAAUGUUGUCUUGGUUACAAAAUUGUAUUUAUGUGUUGAAAAUGAGUAUGUACAAUUUCAUCAAAAACAUAUCCAUUUAUUUGGAUCAAUAAAGAAUCUUAUCAUAUUUUAUCUUAUCUUAUCAAUCACACAAUUUCAAGCAGACAUGGAACAGCUUUGGCGAUGUAGAGCACUGGGGAAAUCUAGCACCAAUUUCCCUGUAUUUCAAUCACAUUUAAAAAACAUGUCUUAAAAAAAUAAUAAAAAUAAAAUCAAAACAUUCAAAAAGAUAUCUCAUUUUCUUUAAGUACUGUAUUCUAGUUUUUAAUUAAUUAAAAUUUUUUAAAAAAUGUUUGUCAAAAAUGUAAUCUAUUAAAUUUUAUUUUCCUCUUCAGUUUAUUAACUAGUCAAACAUCUGGCAUCGUAACCUGCUCGGCUCUGAAAAAGCGCUACCGAUCUAUUUUGGUAUCAGGGGACUCAACUCAGGAAGUUCCUAUGUCUGACGAGACGAUCACGUUCGUGUAUCUGAAGGGCAAUUUUGAGACACUGCUCAGCAGGCUAGUCCAGCGAAGUGGUCACUUCAUGCCUCCCACUUUACUACAGUCGCAGCUUGAUGCACUGGAAGAACCAGAUGACACCGAAAAUCAUAUCACGGUCAGCGUUGACCAGACGGUGGCCGACAUAGUGCAGUACAUUAUUGGCCAGCUGAGCGUGUGAGUCAUGAUACCGACAAUGCAUGACUUGAAUCGCAAUGUAGCAACAUGAGAGAUUUGGUAACAGCUGAAAAAUCAGAGUCUCUUAUGUGAACCUUGUUCACUUGAGCACAUCGUGUAAUUUUCAGACACAUGUGUUCACAUUGCUAUGUGUGUAUUGGUGUUGCUAUGUGGGUAUUGGUGCAACAUAUAAAAUUAAAAUGCAAUGAGCCCUUAUGUUUUAAAUAUGCCUACAGUGUGAAUUGUUCAGACUAUAAUUUAAAAUCUUUAUCAUAAUUCGAUAUCAAGUAGCAUUCAAAUUUAAUUUGAAAUUAAAUAAUACAUUUAAAUUCUCUAUGUUAUAAUGUUAUAUGUACAAUGGCAUACGAGGCCGAUGCUGAACUGGCAGUCCCGGCUUACCUUCUCGUAGGGGAACUUUGACUUCUGGUUAACAAUGACCUCGCUUAAGGCUCUUUUGUUGGAAGGGCUUCGUUUCUCAUAUCUUCUGCCUGUUAAGCUCCCUCAUUACACUGCUGUUGCCAGCUGAAACAGUGGGCAGCGAUAUCUCCCAUUCAUUGAUUUCUAUGUUGGCUACCUUCAUGUUCCUUACGCACACGUCUUUAAAGUGCAGCCAUGGCCGUCCAGUGAGUUUGGCCCCCUCCUCUGCCAACUCUCCGUAAAGCCGAUUCUUUGAAAUACGUCCUUCCUCCAUUCUCCUUACAUCGCUUAACCAGCGAAGGCGCCUCUUACUAAGAGAGGAGAACACGAUACACAUUUUGGCACGAUCCAAAACCUCUGUGCAUUGUUAGUCAUUUCGUCCUGCCAUCAAAUUCUCAAAAUGCGACGGAGGCAGAUAUCUUUGGUGGCAGCUAUUGAGCUUACACUCAUGUAUGUCAUAUGUGGUCAACACUUCACUUCGGUAUAGGUGCGUAGUGGGCACAACUACCUGCCGCUUUUGCGAUCCUGAUGUUCGCCACUUCGUCAACGAAUAGUAAGCUAAUAGAGAUAGUGUACCCAGAGUAUGUCGAGUUCCUUGUCAAUAAACAGUCUUUAUAGCCUCAUCAAUCUAUCGAUGUCUAAGCCAGGACACUUGGUUCCUACGUUCCGUGUUGCGAAACGAAGUGAGGAAAGUUUGCCUUCUAUUUACAUUCCUUGCCUUGCAAGUAACGUCUGCCCCUCGCCAAGUGUCGUCACCAGUGCGGCCACCCAGCCUGGACGGUGUUUUAUGGAGACCAGCAGAUCCCCGCUCUUUACGCGGCCAGUGGAUGCAAGGAAAUGACAAAUGCCACUACAACUUCGCACUGUGUCGCACGAGUUACUGAAAGGACUAAUGUCAAUACAACUUGGCAUCGUGUUGCAGGAGUUUCCGAACUGACAAAUGUCAAUACAACUUGGCACUAACUGUGUCGCAGGAGUUGCCGAAAUGAUGUUGAUUACAACAUCAGAUCGACUUCCAUUAUAUACGGGUUGAAAAUAUACUGAUUUGUUCUUAUUGCAAUUAUUCUAAUUACUAUUAAUAUACUCUAAAGCUUUCCGUUUUUACGUCAUUUGUUCUAAUGUCAUUUAUUAAAAUGCGGAAUAUUCUUCUGUUGACAUUUCUAAUAUUAGCUGUUUUAUUUGUAAGAAUUAACGUCAGCCAUAAGAAAUAUUAAAGCAAUUAGAAAA